GCUCGUCUUUUCCUUCUGCGACACAGCAAACAUGGCCGCGCUCUUGAGAUCUACCCGGUUCCUCAAGUUUUCGCCUUCGGGCUUGUUACAAAUCGCGGGGACCAGAAGAACCGGACCGCCGCCCAGUCGGCUUUAUAGCGGAAGAAUUGAUGUCGCCAGGACGGGACUUGUGACCCGACAGACGUACCCGAGUGUGGAGAACGCGUCCAGUCAUGCGCGGCCACAUGCAGCGGGAUGCGUCCGCAGCUACGGAGUGGCCGCGGAGAAGAAGGAGGAGCUCAGCGUGGCCGUGCGCACCAAACAGGCCCAGCAGUUCGACUGGGCCUUGGCCAAGCUGGACAGUUCGGUGAGGAGGACCGGUCGCAUCACCAGGACUUUGCUGCUGCGCAUCUUCCACGACAUCUCCAGGGCGGGUUAUCCGAGUGGUAACCAGGCCCUGCUACUGCUGCGGAGCUGCGGCUCUCUGCUGCCAGAAAUGGGCCUGGACGAGCGCACUGAGUUGGCUCACCGCAUCUGGGAGAAGCUGCAGGAGCUGGGUGCGCAAUAUGACGUGAGUCACUACAACGCCUUGCUGAAGGUGUACCUGCAGAAUGAGUUCAAGUUCUCGCCUACCGACUUCCUGGCCAAGAUGGAGUCUGCCAACGUCCUGCCGAACCGAGUUACCUACCAGAGACUCAUUGCAGCCUACUGCCAAAAUGGAGACAUUGAAGGUGCCAGCACCAUUCUGGGUUUCAUGAAGAGCAAAGACCUCCCCAUCACCGAAGCCGUUUUCGACGCGCUGAUAACGGGCCACGCGCGGGCAGGCGACAUCGAGAGCGCAAAGAACAUUCCAUCAGUCAUGCGGGGAGCUGGAAUGGAGCCAGGUCCCGACACGUUUGUGUCACUGCUGAACGCCUACGCCGAGAAGGGAGACAUGGACAGUCUGAAGAAGACGCUGGAAGAGGCGGAGAGUGCCGACUGCAGUCUGAUGGACCGAGAUGUCAUGGAUGUGAUCUUCACGCUGGCCAAGGCCGGGCAUCAGCAGCACAUCCCCGAAAUGGUGGCGCUCCUGAGGCACGAGAGGGGUUACGUCCCAGAUGCGAUGCACUUGUGUCUGAGCCUCAUCACGCGGGGCCGCCACGAUACGGCUUUCCUCAUCCUAAGGACGUUUCCCAGCCUGCAGGCGGACGACGUCAACGCCGACUUGGCCAACCUGGGAAACUUCUUCCUGAGACACUGCAUCAACAUGGACACGCCACUGGAGAAGAUCAGCCGCUACUGCAAAGAGCUGCAGGACGCCCAGCUGCACGCCUCGCCGCUCCCUUUCACGCUGUCUUGCGCCCUGGAAGCCAAGAAGACCCAUGUGUCUCUGGAGCUGAUGAAGACGAUGAAAGAACACAACUUGCCCAUCAGACCUCAUUACUUCUGGCCCCUGCUGGCACAGCACAUGAAGGACAACAACGCAGCCGGUGUGGUGGAGGUGAUGAAGGGCAUGCAGGCGCUCGGCGUCACCCUGGACCUCGACACCGUAUCCACCUACAUCCAUCCGGUCUUCUCCAGCGUUGAGGUUGCUCGACAGGCUUUCGAGGAUGCAGGCAUUUCACUGCAAUCAGAGGGUUUCUUAACUUCGGAGAUUCGAUUGGUGGCUACAAGCAACUUGGCUCAACUCUAUACCUUGUUGUCGGACCCUUCCCACCCCCCGCUGGAGCUUGGGAUUUUCCGCGGCAGCCUCAUCCAGGGCUUCAGAAAGUCUGAUGACAUGGAGAGUAUGGUGAAGAUAACCAAGCUCUUGUAUGAAGACGAACGCUUCAGCAAAGCACACACCAAACCGGCAGACACGGUCGCCUACUUCCUGUACAAUCUGAUGGACAGCAUGUCAGAGAGCAAUAUGCAAGCGCAGGAAGACAAACUGAGGAAUUACUUCAACCAGCUGAAGGCGCAGAACAUCGUCAUCUCUGCAAAUAUCUACAGAGGCAUCAGAAACGUGCUGGAGGCCUGCCACGCUCCAGAGCUCAUCAAGGAUGUGAUCGCGCUGGUGGACCCAAAUGAGCAAACGGCGCCCCGCCUGAACGGACUUGAGGGGAAAGUGCCAUUUCUGGAGGCGAAACUGGCCGAGCUCAAAGCGGAAAACAAACCUCUGGCUUUGACGCUGAAGCAGGUCAUCCAGGCUCUCUCGGCUGAGGAGAACCUGCAGCGCGCCCUCGAGCUGAAGCGGCAACACCAGGACGAGAUGAGCCUCGGGGCCUACGCCGUCCUCAUCAACCUGUGCUGCCGCCACAACGAUGCGGAGGAGGCGCUCAACCUGAAGAGGGAAAUGAGCCGUCAGGAUUCAUCCGUGGCGCUUGAUAGCAGUAAAUACAUCGCACUUGUCAAGGUGCUCGCCAAGAAUGGCCGAGUGGAAGAGGCCGUGGACAUCCUGAAGGAGAUGAGAGAGAAGGACGUGGUGCUGAACGACAACCACGUCACCAUGUUCUUCCACACCCUCAGCGCCGCAGUGGCCAAUGGCGGCGCCCCCGUGGUCCAGCGCCUUCAAGACACCAUCUUCACGUUGGGACUGGCCAAGCCCAGCGCCAAUCUCUGCGCGCCGCUGGUCAGCGCCUACUUGAACAGUAAUGACCUGUCGGGCGCUCUCGACGCAGCGCUGGACUGUCAGAAGCGCUACGGCCACCUGCCGCGCAUCCACGACAUCAUCGUCAGCUUGGUGGAGAAGGGAGAUACGGAGCUCCUGCAAAAAGCCAUGGACGUGGUGAGCCAAGAGCGCGGAGAGAUGACCAUGCUUUACGACCUGUUCUUCGCCUUCUUGCAGACGGGUCGCUACCGGGAGGCGCGCAAGAUCAUUGAGACUCCUGGACUGAGGGCAAGACCAGGGCGUCUGCAGUGGUAUGCUGAGAAAUGCAUUACCAACCAACAGAUGGAGGUCCUGGAGCAGAUGGUGGACAUGACCUCUAAGUUAUUUGAGUGCGACCGUGAUGAGAUGUACAGUUACCUCCUCCGUCUCUGCAAGGAGACUAACGACUGGCAGAAGGCAGAGGCCGUGUGGACCAAGAUCCAGGAGGAGAACGUCAUUCCCCGGGAGAGGACGUUGCGCAUGCUGGCUGACGUCCUCAAGAAUAAUGGCCAGGAGGUGCCCUUCGAGGUGCCCGAGACUUGGUACGAAGAAGCUGCCAACACGCAGCAGGUCAAACCACAAACGCCCCGCAGAGGUGCAGAAGGUGACCCCCAGUACCAAAUCCGGGUUCUGGCCCUCUGCAAGAAGGGAAAAGCCAACGAGGCCUACAGGAUGCUGAGGGAAGCGGGCAAACGGGGUGUGGCUUUGGGCGCCGCCUCGUACGACCACGUGAUCCGCUCCCUGCUGGCCGGAGGAGCUUUGGAGGACGCCAUGGCGCUCAAGGAUGUUGCCCAGUCUCGAUUUCCAAGCUUCCAGCUGAGUGACAUUGCCACCAAUUUGCUGGUGGUCACACAGAGCAAGCGAGGCCAGACCGAAGAUGCCGUGGAGACAUUCAAGUCGAUGCUGCGUCAGGACCACGUGCCCUCGCAGCUCGCCGUCACCAGGCUGGUGCAGGCCCUCGGCAGCCAAGGCGACGUGGCGGGAAUUACCGAGGUGCAGUCGCUCAUGGAGGGUCUCGGCACCGGUCUCAACCUGUCCACCAUGUUGUUCACCAACAACAAGGCCCUGGCUCACAUCAAGCGGGGUGAUUUGGAGUCAGCGGUUGAGCUGCUCGAGGAGGUUUACACCAGGGCGGACGGCAAAAGCCCCAGUAUGGCCUUUGUGUUCCGCAAGAUUUUGGAGGAAAAGGACGACAAAGCCAUGGACAAGUUGAGCGCGAUGGCCGAGCGGCUCGCCAACCACUUUGCCUGUUACAGACCGGCUUCCGAUCUCUUCCUAAACCUUCUGGAUUUGGACAAAGUAGAGGAAGCCAAGUUCAUGCUGGCCAGGGUCAACGCCUUGGCUGAGCAGAAGGAAGCGCUGGUGUCCUACUUGGCACGAGCAUCUCAGCGGCCAGGACAGGUGGGCAAAAUCAAGACCUUGCAGAGCCUGAUCCCGGACUUUGCUGAGAAGGAAGUGCUCUACCCUUACUUGAUGAAGUGUCACGUCGCGGACAAAGACCUGGCGUCGGCCAAGGCGCUGUACGAGCGCGCGCUGGAGGAGGGGCUGGUCAUGGACGAGCUGUCACUCAAGCGGCUGGCCGUCUUGCACCGCGACGCAGGAGAAACGCCGCCUUUCCCCGAGCCCCCCGUGAGUGCCGCCGCCAUUUAUUUGAUGAAAAAGUGAAAGUUUUAUUUUUUU